AUGUUCUCCAACGCCCUGAAGUCGUUCACGUCGAACAUCUCGAGCAACUACUCUCUCAGUCCUCAGCCCACAUCGUACUCGGGGCCAUGGAAGAUAUACGAUGCCAAAAAAAAGUCCACUGGAAAGCCGGCGUCCGUCUUUGUUUUCGACAAGAAGUCGCUGGAACCACCAGCAGGCGCUGGCUUCGGCGGACGAUCGGCUGCCUCGGGGCUGAAGCGCGCCCAUGAGGAGGUCAUAGAGAGGCUGAAGAAGGAGGCCAGCUCGCUGGCGCGCCUGCGACACCCGAGUGUCCUUGAGUUAGUCGAGCCGGUAGAAGAGACACGCGGCGGUGGGCUCAUGUUUGCGACCGAGCCUGUUACUGCAUCCUUGGCUGGACUCUUGGAGGAUAAGGAUGAACAGGAGAAGGCUGGUGGAGUCGGUGGCCGCCGCAGUCGAUACGUAGUCGAAGAUGCCGAAGGGCAGAAGCGGCGGCGUGAGCUGGAGAUUGACGAAUUGGAGAUACAAAAGGGACUGUUACAGAUUGCCAAAGGUUUGGAGUUUCUGCAUGAGAGUGCUGGGCUAGUACAUGCCAAUUUGACUCCAGAAGCUAUCUUUAUCAAUUCCAAGUCAGAUUGGAAGAUCUCAGGAUUGGGCUUUUCAACUCCACCUGAAAACUCCACAAAACCUACUUCAGUCACUCCCAUUUCCCUUUCCGAGGUCCUCAAUCACGAUGCACGACUGCCACGCCACGUUCAACUGAACAUCGACUAUACAUCUCCCGACUUUGUCAUGGACGGUAACAUUACACCAGCCGCUGACAUGUUCAGUCUGGGCAUGCUCAUCAUUGCACUUUACAAUUCGCCUCACAAAAGUCCAAUGGAGUUUCAUGGAAGCACUUCAUCGUACAAGCGCGCCUUCUCUUCAUCUGCAUCCAUUCCGAAUAAGAGUAACAAUUUCAUGUCAUCGCAACCGCUACCAAGGGACGUUAUGAACGGUGUAUUGGAUCGUCUCAUCACCAGGCGUCCUGCACAACGCAUAGAUGCACGAGAAUUCCAGCAAGCACAGUAUUUUGACAAUAUCCUGGUUUCAACCAUUCGCUUCUUGGAUUCACUGCCCGCAAAGACCCCCAAUGAGAAGUCACAAUUCAUGCGGGGCUUGCCACGAAUACUAAAUCAAUUCCCAAAGUCUGUGCUGGAUAAAAAGAUCUUGCCGGCUUUAUUGGAGGAGAUGAAAGAUCGCGAGUUGCUCACUCUAGUCCUGCAGAACGUCUUCAAAAUCAUUGUAAUGCUUCCCGCAGGCAAGCGAGCGUUCACGGAAAGGGUUAUACCAAAGCUGAGGGAGACAUUCUUGACGGCCGCAACAAUAAUCGCCAAAGGAACACCUCCGGAAAGGGACAGCUUGAAAGAAGCUGGUCUUAUGGUCGUACUCGAGAAUAUACAGGUUGCUGCUGAUAACUCUAGCGGCAAGGAAUUCAAGGACGACAUAUUGCCCCUUAUCAACUACGCACUCGAAUCGCCAAUACAUUCACUGGUCGAUGCUGCCCUUCGAACGCUGCCCGUCGUCCUUCCUAUUCUGGACUUUUCGACCGUCAAGAAUGAACUGUUCCCCGUCAUAGGCUUCAUUUUCGCAAAAACAAGUAGCAUGGGAAUCAAGAUUCGAGGCUUGGAAGCGUUCAAAACCCUAUGCGGUGGAGGUGGCAACGAACAGGAGGAUGAUCAAGGGGAUGGUCUAACUGGGAUGGUGGCUGCGCCAAAGCCCAAAACCUCGAAUGUCUCCAUACUGGAUAAAUAUACAAUCCAGGAGAAGGUUGUUCCACUACUGCGAGGGAUCAAAACCAAAGAGCCCGCUGUCAUGAUGGCUGCUCUAGAUGUCUUCAAGGCGAUUAGCAACCAAAUUGAUAGCGACUUCUUAGCGAUGGACGUCCUUCCCAUACUGUGGCAAUUCAGUUUGGGGCCGUUGCUCAACCUCCAGCAGUUUCAAGCAUACAUGGCUCUCAUCAAGUCCACGUCGGCACGCAUCGAGAAUGAACAGACACGAAAGCUUCAGGAGCUGGGUGCAAGCAGUACAAGCGCAACGUCACGCAACGAGUUCAUGAGCUUCAGUGGCCCAUCGACUGCAAACGGGUUCGAAACUGAGAACGAGAACGGCGACAAUAACUUUGAGGCGCUUGUACGAGGCGGACCACAAGGCUCCUCUGGAGGAAUAGACAUGCUGGGUGGUAGCUCUUGGCCGAAUGCAAACUCAUCCAAGUCGACGUCCACAGUUUUACCAUCGCAUCCACUGAGCUCUACCAGAUCGGACAACGCGUCGCCAGCUGCGACAUUCUCAUGGUCCAGUCCACCUGUCUCACCUCCCCCGAAUACCAACCUUGUAGCUCCAAAAGCGCAAAGUGGAGCAAUCACGCCCGAUAACACACUCAGCAGUCUCAAUUCAUCUUUCCCUGCACUGAGUGCUAGCAACCCAGGUAUCGGAGGCUCUUCUUAUGUGCAGCCGCAACAGCAGUCGAGACCCGCUAUGAGCAUGAAUGGGAUGAUUUCACCUUCCACCACAACAUCAUACACUGCCUCGAAUGGCUCUGGUGUUGAUUGGAGCAAAGCCGCGUCGUCCAUGGCGUCAAAUAACUGGGGAAGUUCCUCGACCACAGCCAACACGACAAAUGGUCUCUCCCACUUCACCUCAAUGGCGCCCGCGCCGCAGCAAACCAGCACGCAGGCCAACCCUUACUCUUCUUUUAGUAUAGCACCUCCACCUCUCAAAUCAGCCGGAAAUAGCUCGUUCAGUAUACCGCCGCCCCCUAGUACGGGUAUGGCAAAUAGGAUGCCAAGUUCUAGUAGUGGGAUGGGAAUGAAUAGUAUGGCUUCGUUGAGGGCGCAGACACAGAACCAACCGCAACAAAAGCAGCAAAAGCAGCAGCCGGCGAAUUGGGGGAGCGGAGGUGAUAGCUUGAUUUGA